CGGCGGUGCCUCCUGCCUGCGCGGGACUGCGGGAAGCGCCAUACGCCGCAAGCGUGGGCCAGGAGCUCUCUGGGAAGCGCCAUUAAGGUGUAACUCCCAGAUAGAUUUUAAACGAUGAACAGCGUUGCCAAAAGCCUUUUGAAAUCGGUCAAACCCAUCCGAGCUGCCUGGCUGAGAAGCAGCUCUGCUCACUCUGCAGAACGGCACCUUCGGAAGCUCGUUCUGGGCAUAGAGACGAGCUGCGAUGACACCGGCGCUGCUGUGGUGGACGAUGCCGGCAAUGUUCUGGGAGAAGCGCUGCACUGUCAGAAGGAAGUCCAUUUACAAACAGGUGGAAUAAUUCCUGUGGUGGCACAGCAACUUCACAGAGAAAACAUCGAGCAAGUAGUAAAAGAGGCGCUUAACGUCAGUGAAGUUUCUGUACGUGAACUUGCAGCUAUUGCGACGACAGUAAAGCCAGGACUUGCGCUGAGCCUUGAAGUGGGGCUGCAGUACAGCCUGAGCUUGGUGAACAGGUACCAGAAGCCGUUCAUACCCAUCCAUCACAUGGAGGCGCACGCGCUGACCAUCAGACUGACACACCACGUGGAAUUUCCCUUCUUGGUUCUUUUACUCUCUGGAGGCCACUGCAUCUUGGCAGUAGUACAAGGAGUUUCAGAUUUCCUUCUGCUUGGACAGACCAUAGAUAUAGCACCGGGUGACAUGCUGGAUAAGGUAGCAAGAAGACUCUCUUUAAGAAAGCACCCAGAGUGCCACAGCAUGGCUGGGGGGAAAGCGAUAGAGCACUUGGCUCAAACUGGAAACCGGCAACAGCACACGUUCAGACUUCCCAUGCAACAGUAUCGUAACUGUGAUUUUUCUUUUUCUGGACUUCAGAACCUUGUCAAUAAAGCCAUAAUACAAAAAGAAAAAGAAGAAGGUAUUCAAGAAGGUGAGAUCCUAUCCUGUGUUAAGGAUAUUGCUGCUGCUGUGCAGCAUGCAGUGGCUGUUCAUAUUAUCCAGCGGACAUACCGAGCCAUGCUGUUCUGCAUAAAAAAUAGCAUAUUAUCAUCAAAAAAUGCAACUUUGGUUGUAUCAGGAGGAGUUGCAAGUAAUCAGUAUAUCCGAAAAGGUCUACAGACUUUGGCAGAUGCAAAUGAUUUUGCUUUUCUGUGUCCUCCUCCAAGACUGUGCACUGAUAAUGGUGUUAUGAUUGCAUGGAAUGGCAUUGAAAGGUUACGUGCAGGACUUGGUGUUUUACAUAGUACUGACGGCAUCCGGUAUGAACCAAAAGCUCCCCUUGGAAUUGAUAUUUCAAAAAGAGUUGAAGAAGAUUCUAUCAAGGUGCCAAAACUAAAAAAGAAGAUACAAUGGUUUGCAUCUUAAAAAGUAACUUAGUGAAGUAAAUGCAACUAUAAAUUGUUCAAUAAAAACUGU